AUGUCUAUCAUAUCUAUAUAUGACGUUCCUUAUCUACCCGCCACUGAGGAAGCGAAUGAUGGAAAUGACUACACAGAUAUUCUGACUGGGGUCACAGAUGCCGACGAAGUUUACGCCGAGCAGUGUGAGGCUGCGACUACAACUAGAAGUUUAAUGCGCUCGCUGGAGUGCUUUGACUCUUUUGACCUUGUACCAAAGGAGAGUGAUGGUCCAUCGUCCACGACAAAGAUACAGACGAGGUCCACUGCCACUUUAGAGUCGAUCCAGAAAGACGAACAGCUGGUCUGCGCCUCUUUCUGGGGAGCCUCAGAGUAUGCAGAGCUUCUUUUCGGUGCAGAGACUCUGCUUUCGAGCGAUGAGGAUCUGGCGCUCCGCAGUAUUUUCGCUCCUGGUUCCACACCCGAGCCCGUGACACAUCUGGUUGCACGUACUCAAGAAAAGCCUUUACCGACUCCCGAACUCCUCGAUACUAGCUAUCUAAGAAUCCAAGCUACUCUUGCAGUGCAUGCUUUCUGUGGCCACGUAUCGGAGACUUUGGACUUUGAUGUAUCGCCGGUAAUCGAGAAAGUCCAGGAUGUCGCAUCCGAUUCUACGCCCAGGCGGCGGGGCCGUUCUUUGGUGUACUCACGCUCGCCAAUUUUCGCAAGGGAGACACUAUUUGAGGAGCCCUUUCACCUCGACUGCGACCCCGUCCUCCGAUAUACCACCGGUCGUACGGUGCUUCCAGGGAUGGAUCAUCUCCGCGGCGUCACUGCUCGCUCCGCAAUUGUCCAGUACGACCGCGACAUCGCAGAACUGUUCUACGCUACUAAAUCCUUCUUUGAAGAUUGUCAAGACGGUGAGUGUACGUGCCUAGAUGGUAAGAUGCACAGCCUUCGUGCGCCUGGCGAGAACUUCAUGCUCACUGAUAACGACGACGACUUCGGCUUUUCAGUCACGCCUCCUACGGAAAAGGACAUAUUUUCUCUUAUAGAUGAUCUCGUCAACGUGGACAUAUUUGAUGUAAGCGACGACCAAGGAUAUGUCUCGGAGGAAGCGCUAAAUCGUCCAGGUGUAUAUUUUGACACCACGCCACAAAUCGAGAAACCCUCCAUGAUAUUCAGUCAGCUUUUUUAUCCAUCUAAUUUAGACGGUGCUACGUCUCUUUUAUGCGGCAGAGAGAAUGUUUCAGAUACUUCUGAUACAGAUGCAGAGAGUUUGUCGUUGGCUCAGCCUUCCGAACUAACUCAUAUCGACACUGACACCCAUGAGUGCAUCAACUACACGGCCUUCAACGAGCUCCUCAAGAUGGAACGGAACGGAACACGUCCAGUCAUUCACCGAGACAUUGCUGAUGAGGACUACGAACCGGAGAUCGGUCUCGCUGAACUAAUUCAUCUUUACCCGAGGGUUGAAGGCCGUGGGACCCUGCUACCACUGCCAAAUAGCUCGAACCUAAGCGUAACUAGCUUGGAGUCCAAUUCAGGCAUUUCUCGGCCACCGGCACCCCUUCAGCCUAAUAUCAAUCUUCAACCCACCGUGCGCCAACGAUGCAAACCAUAUGGGCUGUACUCUAGCAAUAGAUCUCAACACCUGCGCCGCCUUCCGCAGCUGAGGCUUGCUACUCAGCUCUUGCCUAAGCAUAAGCCCUUGUCUAUGGUUGAAGAGGAAGAGCGAUCAUGUUCCAGCUCGUCUUCUCCGACAGGGUCUCUGGACUUUGCCGAUCAUCGAGGGUUUGUGAAGCCGCUGGACGAUCGUCGAUUAGACUUCCUAGACGAUGACGAUGAAUGCGAGAAUAGUUUGGAGUGGCUAGUGACGCCAACGUCAACUCCAAGUUGCAUAUGCGAAAAUUUGUUCAGUGAUGCUGUUUGGGAUAGUGUACCGGACCUUACACUCGCUCAGCUCAACCAGGAAUCACACGCAGCGAUUACGCCAGCGUCGGGGCUGCCUCCUUCACCGCUUCUCGAAGCGUUCGAGAUUGAGAUCCAUAGUCGGCUCAACCUCAUGUUCAACUGUAUGAACAGCGGGUGCUUUGAGGAGCUCCCAGCUCUUAGUUCUGACCUUCACUGGACACUGUGCGCUCUUGCAAAUGAUUACCCCACGCUAACUUCAUUACGUAGCCUAGGCGUAGCUAUAGAAGUUCUUGUUGAGCGAAUGGUAGCCUCCACUAUUGCUUCUUAG